UUUAUCUACGUAAGAAACCACAGACUUCUAUGCUUCUGCUUCUUUUAGUAUUUAGAUCCUACACCCUGUUACAUAAAAGCUGUAAUCAUGCAGCAGCUCAACUCAUCCAACAGCUCGCUCAUCGCUCCUGUUGCAACCGAGAACCUGAUUGGCAGUAGUGUGCUCGCAGUUUGCUUCAUACUGGGAGUCCCUGGUAAUAUUGCUGUAAUGGUGCGUCUGUCUGGAUGGCUGAAGAGAGGCAGUUUCACCCCAAGACUGAUGCUAAGCCUGGCCGUAUCAGAUCUACUCACUCUGAUUCCUCUGCCGCUAUGGAUUUGGGCUCUACUGCAUGAAUGGGUGUUUAGCUGGGUCUUGUGUAAGCUUCUCUCUUACAUGAUGUUCUUAAGCUUCUACUGCAGCGUACUGUGUGUGGUGUUGAUGAGCCUGCAGCGAUACAUCCAAGUGCUGCAUCCUGAGAAAUGGAACAAGCUUGGCAGAAAAGGAAAGAAGAUCCUUUUAAGUGGGAUGUGGAUGUUAAGUGCAGUUUUUUCAUGCUAUGCACUUGUACAGCACAAUCUCAGCUCGGACAGAGGAGGACGAUUUCAGUGCAUGCUAAUAUUUCACAAUGAGGCUGAAAGAGUGGCAACUUUAACGUGGGAGAUUAUAAUAUUUGUGGCUUCAUUCACCAUCGUAUCUUAUUUCUACUUUCACCUUCACAGAGGAGUUAAUAACUCAGAUUUCUUUAGCAGUAACUUAUUGACCAAGCUUGUGACCAGAAUUGUGGUGUGUUUCUUCAUUAUUUGGAUCCCACAUCAAAUCUUAAACAUUGUGAUCAUCUUUGCUGCAUUCACUGGGAAUGACAAUCUGUUAAGAUCUGCAGUAUCUGGAGAGAAUGUUACUAGAGCUCUGGCUUUUAUUAACAGUUGUGUGAACCCCUUCCUGUACGCUUUCUCUGCUCGUGCUCGACAACAAGGGAACAGCAGGAACAGAUGAUCCAUAGUUUCUUGAACAUAUAGAGGUUUGAGUGAGCUGAUGCACGUCUCUGACAGCCUUUCACUGACAUUGCAUUUAAAGGCACACCAUAUAAAAUUAUACAAUCAUUUUGCUUAUUCCUGCAGUCUAUUUUUAUAGAUUUUUUGCACCUUCUAAUUCUUUUUUUUAUUACACCUAACAUAUUUUGCAGAUGAAUUUAACAGAUACUGUAUGACUUUUUAAAUGUCUACCUAAUACAUUUGUGUGCUCCUAAAGCAUAAUGGCUUGAAACAACGAGUAAGUCUUAAAUUAGAAAGUGAUAAAUGUUACUCAAUCCAAAAUGUGUUCAUCAAUAUUAGCAACAUUCAUUAUAAGUACAGUUUUGUGUUUGUUAGAUUUUUUGUGUCUCUGCUUUACAUUGCUGAUUUUAUAUAUAGUUUUGGUUGAAACUGAAAAACAAAAACUGAAACUGAACUUAAAAACACUUACAUUUCGAGCUAUAAACCAAAAUAAAGUUUUCUGAUUUUAAAAAUGCUACUUCUGCUUGCACAGUUGUGAGACAACAUGACAGGAACUUGCAGCACAUUUACUGUGAGUUAUAACAUAUUUUGUUUGUACAGCAAUUUGCUUCAGAGCCAUUUCAGACUGUUAAGAGUAGAAAUAGAUGCCAAUAUAAAGGCAGAAG